AGUUUCUCCGCAGCUGGAAGUGCCCCGCGGCGGGAGCAGGAAAUCGGGGGGAACCCGCCGCUCCCGGCCCCGAUAGACUCACCCAGGCGUCCGGGACGGGAGCCGGGCUCCGGGGCUCGCUGGCGCGCUCUCCCUCUGCGGCAGUCGGAGCUGGAGGCGAAGGGGCCGCCGGGGAGCCGUGCGCGGACCUGGAGCUGAUACUUUCACCUUCCCAACGGGCCCCUCCCAGCCCAGCGCCCUGGGGCCGCCCCCACCCGCCGGCGGACGAAGCGGUUAAAUUCCCCGCGCCGGGCAGACGCUUACGAAGCCGGAUCCGGGCAGGCCGGUCCCGGAGACAAGCGGGGCUUUUCCUUCCCGCCGCAGGCAGGGGUCCCCGGGCCAGCUCCGUGGGGAGCCGUCCAGGGCCCCGCUCCUCCCCCUGCUGCCGGGGCCCGCUCGCCCGGCCCGGCCCGGCCCGGCCCAGCCCCGCCCGGGGAGCCGAGGGGAGGAGGCAGUCAGCUGCUGUCCCUUUAACAGGCGCUGGCGCGGAGCGGAGUUCAGGCCGGGGUCAGGGGGAGUUCGCAGCCCGGGCUUUACCUUUGCGCCGAGCCGUGCGCCGGCGGCACAUGCUGCGCCCCGGAGCGGCCGCCGGGCCUGGCACGCAGGGCGCAGCGACCGCCGAGGGAGGCAGCGCCUUGGCAGCAGAGUCCGUGGAGCUGGCAUGGGCCGGAGGCGCCGGCUGGCGGCGGGGAGCGCACGGCGGGGACCCAGGGGCUGAGGCUGCUGCUCCGGGGAUAUGAGAGUCCGCAGAGACCUCGGCUGGCUGGCGGAAGCGACGGAGCCCCCAGGUGGCCGGGGCAGCCCCGCGCUGGAGGCCAUGGAGGUGCCGAGCCACUCGAGGCAGCUGCUCCUGCAGCUCAACACGCAGCGGGCCAAGGGCUUCCUGUGCGACGUGAUCAUCGUGGUGCAGAACGCGCUGUUCCGCGCGCACAAGAACAUCCUGGCGGCCAGCAGCGUCUACCUGAAGUCGCUGGUGGUGCACGACAACCUGCUCAACCUGGACCACGAGAUGGUGAGCCCGGGCGUCUUCCGCCUGGUGCUGGACUUCAUCUACACGGGCCGGCUGGGCGAGUGCGAGCCGGGCGAGCCGGGCCUGGGGGCCGUGCUGGCGGCCGCCAGCUACCUGCAGGUGCCGGCCCUGGUGGCUCUGUGCAAGAAGAAGCUGAAGCGGUCGGGCAAGUACUGCCAGCUGCGAGGCAGCUACAGCCCCUACAGCAAGGUGGCCAGGGGGCUGCGGGCCGCCCCGGUCAUCCAGGCCUGCUACGCGGGUGCCGCCCGGCCUGUGGACCUGCAGCCUGGCGAGCCCCUCAACCCGCUCAGCACCCAGUGUGGGGAGCUCUAUGCCUCCACCGCCCAGGGCACCGCCCUGCACCAGCCGGGCCUGUGCCCACCCGAGAGGCACUGCUCUCCGCCCUGCGGCCUGGACCUCUCCAAAAAGAGCCCCACCAGCCCUUCUUCCCAGCUGCUGCCCACAGACAGACUCCACCCGGGGGACAGCAGGGAGCCCUUGCUGGCCCCCGGGCACGACAGCCCACCGGGCAGCGCUUCUCUGCUGGCCAGCCACGGCUCCGCCUACAAAGACCCCCCCCAGGUGGGCGAAGGCGUGAUCCACCCCGCGGAGCGCUUCCGUGGCAGCCCGCCCUGUGUCGAGCCCCCAGCCCGGGCCGAGGGCCACGACUUCCUGUACCGCUGGAUGAAGCACGAGCGAAUGGGCAGCUACCUGGAGGAGUGUGAGGCGGAGAAGGAGCCUGAGCGGGAGGAGAAGGCCGAGUCGCCCCUGCAGUCCCGCUACCCCAGCAUCGAGAGCAACGAGCUGGAGAACGACAACAGCACCAGCGAGGACACGGGCAGCAGCGAGGGCCCGUCUCCCGGGGGCACCCUGGGCCCCUACUGCAACCACCUGGCCUACGAGCCCGAGAGCCUGGGGGACAACCUGUACGUCUGCAUCCCCUGCGGCAAGGGCUUCCCCAGCUCGGAGCAGCUCAACGCCCACGUGGAGGCCCACACCGAGGAGGAGCUGUACCACAAGGCGGCCUCGGAGCAGGCCGGCCCCUUCCUGGACAAGGCCGGCCAGAGCCUGGGCGACAUCCUCCGGCCCUACCGCUGCUCCUCCUGCGACAAGGCCUACAAGGACCCGGCCACGCUGCGGCAGCACGAGAAGACGCACUGGCUCACGCGGCCCUACCCCUGCACCAUCUGCGGCAAGAAGUUCACGCAGCGCGGCACCAUGACCCGGCACAUGCGCAGCCACCUGGGCCUCAAGCCCUUCGCCUGCGACGCCUGCGGCAUGCGCUUCACCCGGCAGUACCGGCUCACCGAGCACAUGCGCAUCCACUCGGGCGAGAAGCCCUACGAGUGCCAGGUCUGCGGCGGCAAGUUCGCCCAGCAGCGCAACCUCAUCAGCCACAUGAAGAUGCACGCGGCCGGGCCCGACGGCAAGUCCAAGCUGGACUUCCCCGAGAGCGUCUUCGCCAUGGCGCGGCUCACGGCCGACCAGCUGGGCCUCAAGCAGGAGAAGGCGGCGGAGCUGCUCUCGCACACCUCGCACUUCCUCAGUGACCCCAAGGGCCUGGAGAGCCUGUACCCGCUGGCCCGAUUCACGGCCGAGCACCUGGGGCUGAGCCAGGAGAAGGCGGCCGAGAUGCUGGGUCCAGGCCCCCUGCUGCACAGCGACCGGACCAUAGAGCGCUAUUCGCCCACCUAAUGGGGCGGCCCAAGACCCACGGCAGCUAGAGCCAAAGAGGCCAUGUGGCCACAGAGUCUCCCAGAGCCCGUGGUUCCCUCCCCAGAUGGACUCUCUGUAGCAUUUAGGGAGUGGGAACUUUUCCCUGAAAAUGUGCAGUGAUGGAGAUCUUCUGCCUCGCCCCACCUCAUGGGGACAGACCAGAGCCACCAAAGAGCGGGGGGAGGCCAAGCCUCGCACAGAGGGUCCCCCAGGAGUUGUGCUGUUGUGACCCUGGGGGGAAUAUGCUGCAGGGUUGGGGCUGUGUUUACAGCUGGGCGAUGGCUUGGUGCGAAGUGGGGUGACGGGGUGGGGCUGUGAUCAACCCUACUUACUGGCCCACAACAUCCAUCCCUACCUGCAUCCUGUGGUAGCCGCUCCCUGGAGGGCUGCCAGGAGCAGUGCCCAGAUACGACGCAGCCGGUACCGCACCCCUGCCUUACCUGGACAGCCACCAAGUGCCCAGCAGCGGCUGGUGCCUCCCUGCACAAGGACUUUUCCAUUAAGGAAAAUGUGAACCUGCCUCCUACCUCAGGAGCCAGUCGCUCCCCCCGCUGGGGCGGGGCCAUGGCUGUCCCCCCACACCCUCCUUGCUGCAGACGGGCCCAGUACGAGCACAAUAACCCAGCUCUGUGCCCACUGCAUAAAUCUUCCUGGCCUGCGCCUGCCCCCAGUCCUAGGGUGCCUCUGCUCAGGCCCCCUUGGAGCCCAGCUUCCCAGUGGGGCCAGGCCCGGAGGAGUCAGGGGUUCUGUGAGGGACACAGACAUUUGCUGCAGCUCUGCUUUGUGCCUCAGUGAACAGUGGCUUCCGCAGCUGCCUUCAGCUGGGACCCACUGGCUUUGCUCACCAGCCUGAACUCUGGCUCGAGAUGCAAAGGCACAUGUGCCCCUCAAUCGUCCAGGGCUGGUCCACUGGGCAGGGUCUGUGCCUGCUGCAGGGAAGGGAGCCUGUCUGGGGGCGGGGUUCAGGAACGGAUCUUACCCAGAGUGGCCUUGUCCCAGCAGCUGGGCGCUGCCCUCCUUGGGGAGCAGUGGCAUUUCAGCAGGAGUCGCCCGUGAGCGCAGCUAUGUCCAGCGGCCGGAUCCCUGCUGGGUGGAAGGGGAGCAGCCGAAGGGUUUGAUCUUCCAAGGCCUCCGCAGGCAUCUCUACGCUCUGGCCCUGCAAACCCUGCCCAGAGCCUGGGCUUGGCACGUGCCUCUUGCUGCAGAGCCCUGGUGGCUGGGGCAGCUCCUCUCCCAGCUCUGACUGCAGCGGGGCCUGGCUGGGGGAUGGGGCGGGAGAAUGACCCACUCGUUACCUCCCCCACCCACCUCUGAGCCCUCCUAGCCCAAAGCUCCUGCUGCUGGGCCUGGCUCCCAAAGACCCUCCUGGGCCCCAACUAGCUGAGCAGAAACCAAAGCAACCACCUGAGGAGGAGGAGACCCAGCCCCUGCACCCUCGCUGUACUCAGGGAUGUCCCAGUGUCCUGCCUGACCCUGGCCAGGCCCAGCUGCCUCAGAGGAGAAUUCCUGCCCUGGGCGAUUCCAGAGUUUCCCCCACCCUUCCCCGGGCACAUGGAUCUGGGGCCCGGCUGUCCAUAGACUGAGCCCCUGGGGUGCAUCCCUCCCCACCCCCCAAGUCUCUACUCUCUGGGAUCACAGGUGGGAACCAUGAUGCUGGGGAUGUGAAUGCUGCUGUUUCUCUGGGGGUCUCUGCUGGGAGGUGGGCUGGAAGCAUGAGGCCAUGGGAGUAGUUUGUUAAAACCCUGCUUGGGCUUUCCCAGGGGUGGGCUCCCCUCCUCCCUUACUAGGCUGCAGGGGGACAGCUGCCCCCUCCCAGGGCUGGUGCCCAGAGCAUGCAGGCAGGGGAGUGACGCCAGGCUGUCAGUGUGGGGCAAGGGGCCAGGCUGCUCUCCCCUCGCUGUGCUCCUUGUACCAAAGGGCUGUGUCCCUGGGAAGACGCUCCAACCCAUCCCCCAGCAGCUCUGGUGGGAGGCCCCCUCUCCUCUGCUCCCUGGAGGCUCAGUCCUGGGCCAGGAGCUUGUGACAAAGAAAAAAUGGCUCCUCUCCUGCCUUGCUGGGCACCCCUGGGCAGCAGGGCUCCGCCAUGCCCAGGCCAGGGUGGGGCUGAGAGCUUUAUGCUGAAGCCCGUGGUGGGCAGUGCAGGGGCCAAUGACCCGGGGGGGGGGGGGGAGCGGUUAGGUCUCUGCCCUGCUGGCCAAUGGAGACAGGUGUUGCAGGGCUGCAUGCCGGCGCCUCCCCCCGGCCCCCAUGAUAGCACCCUGAGCUUGACCCUCGGGCCGGGCCGGCUGCACUGAGGAGGCAGAUCCUCCCCGCACUCCUGGGUUAAUGGCGCACAAGAUCCAGGUGCUGCCAAGCCCGGAGCCCUGCCUGGGGCCUUCCUUGCUCUGUCCAGGCAGAGCCACCGAAGCCGUAGGGGCGGGGAGAGCCCUGCCGUGAGUGACCCAGGGCUGGGUCCCAUCCCACCCCCGUCUGGCCUGCAGGAUAAUGUGAAGCUCUUUUCCCUGCCUUUGUCUUUUCUCCUUUGCACACGAGGCCGAGGGGGCUGCCCCACGGUGACUGCUCCUGGCCUCCAACCAACUGUGCCUUUAGCCUGACCGGCUGCACCUCCAAGGGGGCUUGGGUGCAAAUGCUCCCAGUGCCAAAUGUCCGUGCCCCUGGCUCAGGGGCCUCUGGCUGGCAGUGACUCAGGGCACCGACCCUGCCUCCCCUUUCCAGCUGCGCAGGACCUUGGGCACCAAACGGGCUCCCCAGGCAAAUACGGGCUUGGCUAGGGCCAGGAAUCCCAGGCCAGAGCCCGACAUGGGCUGCCCUAAACCCUUGCAGCCAUCAGGGACAACGCUGCAGAAGCUGCGACCAAAACGCAGGGGGAGGGGGCGUAUCCAGUGCGUGGAUCCAAGUCUCCCUGCCCUCUCCCGGUUUGUAUAUUCUUCUGAUUUGUACACGGGCAUUUUGUCCCGUCCUUUUCUAUACUCAAAACCAAAUGAGCAAUAAAGUGACAUUAAACCUGA